AUGUUUCUCCUGAUUUCUCCUCACGGCCUGGAGAAGCCUCAGGCAGACCAUCCUGGGGGUAGUUGGGUUUUAAUUGGCCAAGACAAAGCUUUGUGUGUCAGGAAAACCAUCUCCUUCUCAGGCUGUGCUGUGCAAACGUUUCUCUCCUUUUCCGUGGGAGCCACAGAGUGUGUGACUCUGGGUAUGACGGCAUUUGAUUGCUAUGUGGCCAUCUGCAACGCCCUUAGAUACCCCAUGGUCGUGAGCAAGGCUGCCUGUGUGCCCAUGGCUGCCAGUUUCUGGGUGGUUGGUGGAGCGAACUCCUUGGUGCAGAUCUCUCUUGCAGUACAAUUGCCCUUCUGUGGGGACAACAUCAUCAACCACUUCAUAUGUGAGAUCCUGGCAGUUCUGAAGUUGGCCUGUGCUGACAUCGCUAUCAGUGUGAUCAGUAUGGGGGUGGCCAAUGCGAUCUUCCUGGGAGUCGCAGUUCUGCUUAUCUUUGUCUCCCACAUCUUCAUCCUCACCACCAACCUGAGGAUCCUCUCAGCUGAGGGCCGGCGAAAGGCCUUUUCCACCUGCUCUGCCCACCUUGAUGUGGUGGUCGUCUUCUACAGAACCAUCCUAUUCAUGGAUGGGAAGCCCAAAUCAAAGGACUCUCUGGGAGCAGACAAGCAGGAUGUUUCAGACAAGCUCAUCCCCCUCAUCUGUGGAGUGCUGACCUCCAUGCUCAACCCCAUCAUCUACAGCCUCAGAAACAAGGAUGUGAAGGCCGCUGUGAAGAACCUGGUAAGUCAGAAACGCUUCUCCCAGUGA